AUGGAGUUCGCCAUGAUCAGCGCGGACAACGGCUGCAACAGUCGCCUGCCGUACGGGUACGCGCAGCAGUCGCGCGCCCGGGAGAGGGCGCGCGAGGUGGAGCGCCAGUCGCGCGCGGCGGCAGCGGCGGCGGCGGAGGGUGACGCCGUUGGGGAGGGAGGGGGAGGCGGGGGUGGAGGGGGGGGUCACCCGUCUCACGCCGCCUCCUCCUCGUCCAACGCCAACAACAGCAGCGGCGGCGGCCCCGCCUCGCGCCACGCCCCCUCAUGCGCUUCGCCCCCCCAGCAGCGGCACGAGCAGCACGCGCUCAGAGCGCGGAAGAGGCGACGCGGCGGUGGCGCGGGACGCUGGAGGAGGAACCGCGCGAGCCUCGGAGGGGACCUGCGCCACUCGGAGCUCGCGCUGCUGGGGUCCGGGGACGACGGCAUGAUAGAGGAGGAGGAGGGCGAGGGGGAGGAGGAGGAGGAGGAGGGGGAGGAGGAGGAGGAGGAGGAGGAGGACCACAGGGGGGGCAGCACGAGGGCGAGUCUCCUGCGCGCCAUGGAGGAGGAUGGAGAGGAGACGGACCGCCGGCCGCAGUCCGGCUACGAGCCCGCGUACGGCGACGGCUACGGCUGCUGUGAGCGUGUGGUGAUCAACGUGUCAGGGCUGAGGUUCGAGACCCAGAUGAAGACGCUGCUCCGGUUCCCGGACACCCUGCUUGGCGACGCGGAGCGCCGCGUGCGCUACUUCGACCCGCUGCGCAACGAGUACUUCUUCGACAGGAACCGGCCGAGCUUCGACGCAAUCCUAUACUACUACCAGUCGGGUGGGAGGUUGAAAAGACCCGCCAACGUGCCGUUCGACAUCUUCUCGGAGGAGGUGAAGUUCUACGAGCUGGGCGACGAGGCCGUGUUGAAGUUCCGCGAGGACGAGGGCUUCGUGAAGGAGGAGGAGAAGCCUCUCCCGGAGGACGAGUUCAAGCGGCAGAUCUGGCUGCUGUUCGAGUACCCGGAGAGCUCGAGCCCCGCGCGCGGCAUCGCCGUGGUGUCCGUGCUGGUCAUAGUCAUCUCCAUCGUCAUCUUCUGCCUCGAGACGCUGCCCGAGUUCCGGGACGAGAAGGAGUACCUGCAGCCGCGCGGGAACCUGAGCCAUGCGCAGCCGGACAACGGGGGCUUCACGCCGUUCAACGACCCCUUCUUCCUCGUGGAGACCGUCUGCAUCAUCUGGUUCUCCUUCGAGUUCGUGGUGCGUUUCUUCGCGAGCCCCAGCAAGGCGGACUUCUUCAAGAACAUCAUGAACUCCAUCGACGUGGUCUCUAUCCUGCCCUACUUCAUCACGCUGGGCACGGACCUCGCGCAGCAGCACGGGGGCGGCGGCCAGCAGGCCAUGAGCUUCGCCAUCCUGAGGAUCAUCCGCCUGGUGAGGGUGUUCCGCAUCUUCAAGCUCUCCCGCCACUCCAAGGGGCUGCAGAUCCUGGGCCACACGCUGCGCGCUAGCAUGCGCGAGCUGGCGCUGCUCAUCUUCUUCCUGGUGAUCGGCGUCAUCCUCUUCUCGAGCGCCGUGUACUUCGCUGAGGCGGACGAGCCCUCCUCGCAGUUCACCAGCAUCCCCGACGCCUUCUGGUGGGCCGUGGUCACCAUGACGACGGUGGGCUAUGGCGACAUGAAGCCCAUCACCGUCGGCGGGAAGAUCGUGGGCUCGCUUUGCGCCAUCGCCGGCGUGCUGACCAUCGCGCUUCCGGUGCCGGUGAUCGUGUCCAACUUCAACUACUUCUACCACCGGGAGACGGACAACCAGGAGGAGCAGCCCCCCGCGGUGGCGGAGAGCCUGCCCCCCGGGUGCCCCUACUGCCCCGACCUGCUGCGGAGGUUCAGGGGCUCUCCGUCCGGCUCCUCGCUGGGCGACAAGGCGGAGUACAUGGAGAUGGAAGAGGGGGUGACGGAGUCGCUGUGCGGGCUGGACAAGAGCCCGAGCAAGGGGAACGGGACCGAGAUCAACCGGAAGAACAGCAGCUCCAAGUCGGUUCAGACUGACGUGUGAUGUUAACAGAGAUUACUUUAUAAGACCUGUGUGCGCUACACAGUGAGGGCCCUGAAGCGUAAAGUUGGACUCGUGCGUCGAGAUCACUGCAGAAGGCGAAGCGCGCAUGAUACCUAGAACACACACACACACACACACACACACACACACACACACACACACACACACACACACACACACACACACACACACACACACACACACACACACACACACACACACACACACACACACACUAUUCAGAAUGUUUUGCCAGGUGGAGCAUUUAAAUAAAAAGUAUCUAGGAAUUAGAUCAAUUAAUUAAUUGAUUAAUUAACAAUCACACGCUAGUCCGACUAGCCGCGUGUGGGGUCGAUACGUUAGUCUAAAGGUUUCAUACUAUGAGCCACAAAAGACCGGCUAAUGCAUUCGCACUUUAUGAGUUGUAUUUGUCAAAACGUGAACAAUGGGAGUUAGUUUUUGCUCAUAUGCAAUAAAAGUCUAAUUUGUUUGCACUAAAAAUAUAUAUAAAUAUUUUCUGGCAAACGGGGGCGAGAGGCUGCAGUUAAAUACAGAACCUCCAGACCCUCUGAAGGACGACGUUGGAGACACAUUCUAAACAUCUGACUGAAACCUAUUUCUGUUGUUCCAUCUGAGAAAGCACACGACAGCCAAACACACGCACUAGACUACAAGCACAGGGUGUGGGUCCGAGGGCCUGCAGGAGAGACCCGAGGGUCUGAUGUGGUCCAAAUCUAUAAUGAGAACAAUCCGAGUUUAGAAUUCAUGUUCAUCAUUCUAAUCUAACCAGAGCUAUAUCCAAUCAGAUCCUUUUCCAACAUUCAUAAUAGGCCAGAAAAAGCUUAUGAAGAAUGGCUUGCAACGCCAGGUUUUAUGGCCUAUUCCCGCUUUGGCGCCAACAUCUCUACCCGGUAUGAUGACCCUUUACGCGGAGCCCGAUGGAGAGGUACGGCGACAUGACGUCGUGGAAACUCGUUGGUUUGAGAACUUCAUCCGUCGUCCGAUGGACCUCUGGCACAACGUUUCUUUUUUUCUUUUCUUUUUUUAACAAGAGGACAAUGAUUAUCUCCAGGAUCAAAGAGGUUCUUCGGAGUAUGGAUGUCUUCCAAGUGUGCCCAGCGGAGCAGUGUCGUGCCCCCCCCCCCCCGUCUGUCCGUCCGUCCGUCCGUCCGUCCGUCCUUGGAAACUGAGGAGAACGAGCAGAGCUUUGUGACCGGUCAUCCUGAGAGCCAGUGGACACCGGAAAGAUGGAGGACGUUUAUUGGGAAAAGAGUCAGAGAGGAUCUCUGAAUGGAGACGAGCUCCGAGCGCUGGGAGCUGAACAGUGAGUCACGGCCCAAACGAUUGCCUUAAACUAACACAGAAAUAUAUACGCAGAUGUACGAAGAGACGAUGUUUAGAGACUUAUACGAGUUCAAAGGUGUUUCUUUCUUUACGUGAAACCAGUGUGUCGUAAAGGGAGAGAGAUGUGAAUAUUUUACUAUGAUAGAGAACUAUGUUUGGGUGUAAUGUUGACAUGUUUUCCUGGGUCUGCUUCGUAGGUGUCUUGGUUAGCCGGCAGCGGGAUAGCUCUCGCUGCACGGGCGCAGUAAGCAGUAUGACUGGAUCUAUUUUUAUCUUGUUUUGUAUCCUCAACCAAACACGCGCUCGCCAAUCUCUUGUUUCUCACCAUUUCAUAACUCAGAUUCCCACGACAAACCGAUAGUACAACGAAGGGUGGGGAGAGAGCAGCGAGAGGGAGAAAUACAAGACAUAUCCGGGCGACUGAUGCAACGCAGUCCAUAAAACACGUUCCUUACAAAUCGAUCCACCUUAACAAAGAUGUCAGGCACAUGUAGACAAACAUGAUUUUCUGCCACAUUUACUUUUAUCACAGAGGUGGUGGAAAAUCCUGGGCAUUCGAUGCCCAAAGAUGAAUCUAAAGAUGAAGAACUUUUUAUCAUUUCUUUUCUCAGAUGCAAAAUGUAGAGCUGCCAGCUGCUGGCUGAGGCGUUUCCACGUUAAAGUUAAUUGUAUGCAAAGUAACAUGGAGGUGUGUUCUAUUCUAUUUUUUUAAACCUAGCCUUGAUAAUUACAUAACCAAAGGUGAAACCCUGUCUGUUGUGGACUUCUGGAACUUGUCGUGACAUAAUAGUUGCACACUGAAUAGAACAAAUUGUAAAUACGCAGAUGUUUAUACGUGUGUGUCUCUGAUGUGAAAAUAGAGUACUUUUUGAGAGUUUUCCUUCUCCUUUCUUUGACUGUUACUAACCUUCAUUCCGCUGUGUUGUCUGUGUCUGCCGGUGAUGAGGCAGUCUGUCGUACACGCUAGAGGACUGCUGCUCAGCAUCCUCUGUGGUCAUGGUAACGGCAGCGGGGGCUUUGUUAACCAUCCCAUCAUAAAUGUCACACCUUGUGCUCUACGUCAUUCCCGACCCGGAGCGCUGGCAAUCGCCGGCCACUCUCCUGGUUCCAGAAGCAUCCUUUGGUCUGAAGCGGUCUUUGUAAACUUUAGGGGUUUACGAGUGUGGAGGUGAUUGCAACACGUUUUCGAUGUCAUAAUGAGGAGGUACAUAUCAGUUGUGUCAAUUUGAACUUAGUUUGUGAUCACAUUAAGGCAGUUCAAAAUGAUGGAUAAAUAUAUUUGGUAACACCUUAUGAAAAGGGUACAUUAAUAAACCGUUAAUAGACAUUAGUUUAUGCAGUGAUAAGCAUUAUUUUAGCAUGGGGGUUAUGGUUAGGGGUUGGGUUAGUGCUUUAGGUUUAGGGUAAACACCCUUAGUAAAGGUUUUACUACUUUACUACUACCAUUAGUUAACUGUUAAUUAACGCGAGUCAAUGCUUAAUAGUGCAAUAACUAAACUUAUCGAUGGCUCAUUAGUGUACCCUUGUUGUAAAGUGUUGCGGUAUAUCUUUUUCUGUUGGCUGGACUGGCCACACCUCCUGGCCGCCCCAUUGGACAGCACAGUACCAGGGUGCUGGGCCCCCUAUAUAACACGGUUACAAAAUAAAAGUUUGAUGUGAGUUUUUGUGUUUGGUUGGAAAUAUAAUGGACUUUAUUGAUCUUAAUACCUAGAGACCCAGACUAGAAUGUGUAGUCGUAAAGAAUUCAGGGUCGGGAUGGAGAUCUCCUCAAGCAAGUGAAACCACAUCAGGGGAUUUAUGAUGGAGCUUUUAGUUAUUUUCACAACAUUUGCAAUUCGGGGAAUAAAAAGGCCUGUUUCAUAAAAUAGAACAUCAAAUACUGUAGCUUGUGUCUUGUAGUCUUUAUAAAGGAUUUCAUUUUUCGCUUUCGCCAGCUACGAUCUGCUUGUUAUUGCAACCAAGUCUCGCUCAAGGAUAAUUAUCUCUCUGAAAUCUUGUUGUGAGAAAUGUCCUUAUUAUCAUUCAAAUCUAAACUCUCCUUCACCCAAAUCGUUGAGACAAUAUUAAGCGACACUUUAUCUCCUCCAACAACACAAACUCUUCUUUCUCCAGCUCUUACUCAAGUCUCGCGAGACUUAUCAGAGAGAGAGAGAGAGAGAGAGACUUGGACGCAAUAACAAUCAGACCGGAUCAAGCGAAAGGUGAAUUAAAAAGGAUUAUUUCCCUGCAGGGCUCCUUUCUAUAACGUUAGAAUAUAAUCUGAGCCUGUCAGUGUCAGAUACAGGCCCGUUAAGAGGACGUACAGUGACAGGGUGCUAUGCCCCAAAGGAUUACAUGGCCGCCUGACUCCCGGGUUACGGCCGAGUCUCUCUCCCCCGAUUCUCAACCAAUUAGUCCCCGAGACCCAAAGGGGAACGAGCACUCUGGCUCUUGUUGUUUAAAUAAAUUGUUUAAAUAAAAGAUGCUACUAACUGUUUGCGUUGCUUGACGACCAGCAUUAAUUAUCAGAGGAUUGUGAAGAUGAUCUUUCCUCUAAAACCUUCACAUGCAUUCAGUCCGCCGAGACGUCUCAAACACAGAGGCAGCGCAUGCCUCCGUCUGCGCUCGGAGGACGUUGGUGGAGAGGAAAACAGGACAUCUUAAAAAUUCAAACAUUAUUCCAAAAAAGUAUGCAGAGGAAAGUUUAAUCACGAGACAUUUGGAUUCACAAGCAGUCCUCCCUGCGUCUCCUGAUGAACGACGGCGCCGUCCGGUUAUGAAGGCAGACCCUAAUAUGCUUAGAACCAUCCGAUGGUUUUCUAAUCAAACAAGUUCCUGUAAGUAUAUCGCAGAGUUCUAAGGCUGAAACUCUAGCCACAUGUUGUUGAUGUUAAACCGCUGCAAUCUGAUCUGCAGUGUUGCAGCUUUAGGAGAACAAAUUUGUUUUUAUUGUUUUGUAUCAUUGCCCACCACUUUGGAAGAAACUAGAAAGAAAUUAAGAAACGAAAAAUAAACACAAAAGUUGAGUGAGGAAUCAGAUAAUUGUAAUGCAUAGCUUCAGGGUGGUUUCACUCGAUGAAGGGCUAGUCUACGAGUGGCUUCUUGGUGCACUCUGAGGGACUUACAGCGACGAACACAACACAAUCAAUCAGGCCAGUCAGCCAGAACUUCUAGAGACAGGGAAUUGUCUGCAUUACGUUGAGGAUGAAAUCCCUCCCAACCUUAAGUAUUUAUUAUAGCACAUCUCUAAAGCACAGAGGCCCUCGUGACGAGAAGAACACAAUCCUGAAAAUACUAAAACAACCGAGUGCCAACAGGGAGAACAACCGAAUACGUCUUAGGAAUACAGCAUCUCUCUAUCGAUCUAGAGUCCAACCAAACAGACCGAACGACAGGAGAGAACUGACGGACCCUCAGCCAUCACAUGUCUC